AUGCUUCCUAGCUUAGGUAUACGCUCUGGUCACAGGCCUUUCGCUUUACGCAAUCUAAAUCUAUUGACUAGCGCUAAUUGGCCCAAGAAUAAAGGAAUAUGUUCAGUAAUCCAAAUCGCUAAAUUCCCGCGCCAAGCCAAUAUCGCCAACUUCCCCAGUCUUGCCAGCCAACAAUUUUUGAUACAAAAGCGAAGUUUCCACAGGGAUGCGAUCCUUCGUUCUCCCUUUCAGAACGGAAGAUUUCCCGGGGAGGGCAAGUCGCCAUUCAAGCUCUACACAUUUCCUCCCUUACUAGGCAUUGUUGCCCUUAUUGGGACCAUCGCAUUGCUAUUGGUCGUUCUCCCCUUAGUCUUUACGUUCUUAUUCCCUCUUAUUAUAGCAGGGAUAGCGGUUUUCCAGUUCAAAAGAUGGCAAAACACCACCCUACUCGGCCAGCUACAUCGUUGCUUGCUCGCUACAAAAAUGAGCAUCAAUUAUAAAACUGUUUGGGGCUUACAAACACAAAUGUUCGAGUCGCUUUUAGGAAGCGACGGCUUCGCUGCAGGCUCAUUUCGCGGCGUAAUGGACGAGAUACGGAGUCAAAAAAUCGAUGCUGCUAAUUCGAAACGCCGGGCUGAUGAAGCUCUGGCAUUUCUGGAUAGACGAGUACUGGAGGCCUUUAAAAACAAUGAGCUUGGCCUUAGAGAUUUCUUUUUGGGAAGCGAUGCCUCCACCUGGGUAAAAAAAGGCUAUGAUCUUUCCUUAGCUACAGAUACUCCAAGGAUAAGAGGACAAAGCAUCAAUAACUCACUUGUUAUGACCAUCUCUUAUCCUCUAUAUCUUUUAUCAUCCAGCCAAGAGCGAAAAUUGAUCGCAUACGUUGCUAUAGGGGUUCUGGACGAUAGCAUGGCUGGGCAAACAGGCUCAUUCAAGUUUGUUGAAGAGUUGGCGUCGCAAAACAAAGAAUGUCCUAUGGUUAUAAGCAUCAGACCGGCGCGGUCUCUGUAUGCCAAACAAUUUGUGUUGAAAGACUACGGUGAAGCCAGAGGAAAGCCCACGUCGGCAUAUUAUGUGCGAACAGCAGAUGACGGUCACCGGGAAUUUACGUACCGAGACGCGGACCACAACAUUUAA